AAACUCUCCACUAGAAGAAGAACCGAUCAGCGUUUCCUGUUUGUUUAGCAGAUGCCGUUCACUUGACUUUACUUCACCCUGGAAAUAACCAAACACUCUCCAUCACGUUUUCAGGACAUCGGAUAAAGAAUCAGAAUAAGUCGACAUGAUAAACAACGAAACUACUGCAUUUAUAUUAUUAUUUUAACUCUAUUUGAAAUGUUUUGGUCGUAGAGACUAGCAAAGGUGUCCCCCCUCCCAUUUUACGCGAUGCGUUUCAACGAGAGGGAGCUGGUCUCUCUGAGCCGCCAGCCUUCAGAGAUGGCCGCUGAAAUGGGAAUGCGAGGUCCGAAGAAAGGAGACGUUGUCAAGAGGCGGCUGGUGAAACUCGUAGUUAACUUCCUUUUUUACUUCCGGACAGAUGAGGAGGAGCCAAUUGGAGCCUUGUUGUUGGAGCAGUGCCGGGUGGAGAAAGAGGACAGUCAGACCUUCUCUAUUACAUUUCUAGAUGAAACUGAGAAAAAAUACGUGUUUGAGUGCAACUCCGAGGAGCAAUGUAAGGAGUGGAUAGACUCUAUUAUUAAAGCAAGUUAUGAGUUUAUGAGGAGGAAUCUUAUAUUCUUUCGAACUGAAAUCCACCGCCUCACUGGGAAGGACCCCUUGGAGCAGUAUGGCAUUUCCGACGAAACCCGUUUCCAGGUCAGCAAUGGUCAACUGCUAAAGCGCAGAGAUACUUCCUCCCUGUAGAGCAUCUAAAGUUUCAAAUAUAAUUUUUAGUUCACUCAGCCAUUCCAAUUUUAAUUUCAUCUCAGUGAUAAUCGCAACAGUAAGGUCCACACUCCAGCUUUUUAUAUAGGGUAGUAAUACGUUUGUUUGAAUUUUGCUGAUAUCACAACAAAGGUUGCUGUGAAUGUGCAAAGUUUCGUCUCAUUUCCGCUUUCAAGGUCACACGUUAGACCAGAAAUACCAAUCAGUGCUGUUUUAUAGGGGGUUUUAGGGAGCUGAAUGUGCUGUUUGCUAGCUACUGUAACAUCAGUCUGCUGUUUUAUUUGUUUCAGUUGACUAAAUGUUAUUUUUGUAUUUUUUUUCCAUUGCUGUACAUGCACAGAAUGGGUUUUUGAAUGUCUUGUAGGUUUUAUCCUGAGUUACUGUUGACGUGAGUGUGUUCACUUUUAGACAUGAAAAGAUAUGUGGUAAAAUGAACUAAAACUGAGUAAAUUCCUCUAGCCUACAAUCAGAGUUAAUUUUAAUUGGAUAACUAAUUUAAUUAAUACUGAGAUUAUUUGAACCAUCAGUCCAACGAAAUGUAAAUUACGUCAAACGUAAAUUAAUGUUGCCAUUUCUGGAUGUAUCCACCUUUUGCUCAUUUUAACAUCUUUUUGCACACGUCACUAAGAAGUGUUUUAAUUAAAACUGCAGUUAUUAACUUGAACCUAAAGUCUAGCUUGUUUUUCACUGUGAAUCAUAUUCUUCUAGCUAAGGUUGACAUUAAUCAAUAAAUAUUGCAUCACUUUACAGCAAAUUAUUUGACACAAAUUUGCUAAUAGCCAUAUUUCCUCACAGGUCUUUGCAGUAUGAUACAAAUUGAUGUGUUUUAUUUUCUCUUUUUUCAUGUAUAUCAGAAAAAAAUAGUAGAUAUCACUGAAUGUGUCUAUUUUAAAAUAUUUUCUUCAUGAAUGUGUUGAAGUAUUUUUUUAAAUACACAAAUAAAACUGAAAGACAA